AUGCUCAAAGCCUCCCUGCAGCCUAGCCUGCUGGAGCCGUUGUUUCCCCCGAGGGUGAGCUGGAUGCCAGGCUCACUCCAUCCCCAGGAGCAGUACUUAGGGGCUAGGGGAAGUGGGCAGGAAGGAGGGAGUGUCCAUCCAAGGCUAUGUUCUGAUCUGGUCACCCAUCUGGGCUUGCACCUGCCUGGACCUUCUGAGGAGACUUCAUGGGAUGCCUCAGGCUCCUCCUCUCCAGGGAGGGAGGAGAGGGGAGCAUCUGGGUGUUGCUCUCAAGCCCACGGGCCUGCUCCACGGGGCACUGACUCUCUGGCUUUCCACGUGUGGAGCAUGUGA